AUGGCGUGCUCGCGCUUCGAAUACGUCAAGGCCUUCGAACGUCACGACCGCCUUCUCCCGGGCUGUUGGGCUGUGAUCCGUCUGGACGGGCGCUCGUUCACCAACUUUUCCAAGGCCCACGCCUUUGCCAAGCCCAACGACAGCCGCGCCUUGCGGCUAUGCAACGCCGCGGCGGAGGCCGUGCUGCGCGACUUCGACCAGCACUUGGCGUUUGCCUAUGGAGAGAGCGACGAGUUUAGCUUCGUGCUCAAGCGCCAAUCCGCGCUGUUCGCACGCCGUGAAUCUAAGAUCUUGUCCACUGUCGUGUCCCUGUUUUCUUCGGCAUACGUCUUCUACUGGAACAAGUUUAUGGGCGACGUCCCUUUGAAGGGACCGCCGUCGUUUGAUGGCAGGGUCGUUCUGUACCCGACGACCAAGCAUUUGAGGGAUUACUUGGCGUGGCGCCAGGCGGACACGCAUGUCAAUAACUUGUUCAACACGGCCUUCUGGGCGCUCGUGAAGGGCGGAAAGUCGCAAAGAGAGUCUGAAGAGAUUUUGAAGGGCACCAGCUCCAAGGAGAAGAAUGAGAUGUUGUUUACAGAGUAUGGGAUCAAUUACAACGACGAGGAUGCGAUGUUUCGCAAGGGCUCGUUUAUUGUGAGCAAUCUACCAUCAGGGAGGUGGGGCGGUGAAGUAUCGCUCAAACGUACGCGUGAGGGGGAGGCUGCGAGCAGUGAAUGUGGUAUGGCGGGUGGCGACGGCGACGGUAAAUUUGUUACCUUGCAUGUGGAUAUCAUCGGCGAUACGUUUUGGAAUGAAAACCCGGAUUUGCUCGCCCCAAGUGACCUCGCCCCCCCACGAAUUCCGAAAUCUAUCGGCCGGUAG